AUGUCGGGAUACCAACAACCAGGCCAGGGCCCGCCUCCCCACGGCCAAGCUCCAGCCCAUCCCCAAGGGCACGCCGAUUACGACGAUGGCUAUGCCCACCCAGCGGGGAACACCGACUCCUACUAUCAGGACGACCAGCAGUACUAUGACAACCACAAUGGAUAUGACGCCCACGGCCAGCCGCAUGAUGUCCACGGCCAGCCGCACGCGGAAGGAUAUUAUGAUGAAUCUGGCUACUACAACGCAGACUCCAACAACCCUCAUCAGCAAGAUGGUGGCUACUACGAAGGCCAGGAGCGCUACCAGGACGAGUACUAUCAGAAUGAUGGUUACUAUGACCAGAACUACGACCAGGCCGGCUAUGCAGGCGCACAAGGCCGCCGUGGCGGUUCAGAAGAGGAUUCGGAGACGUUCAGCGAUUUCACCAUGAGAUCCGACAUGGCGCGCGCUGCGGAUAUGGACUACUAUGGUCGGGGCGAUGAGCGUGUAAACAGCUACAACGAGGGCCCGGGAGGCGCCAGAGGCUACCGCCCUCCUUCCUCACAGAUUUCCUAUGGCGGCAACCGGUCGUCGGGCGCGUCGACCCCAAACUAUGGCAUGGAUUAUGGCAACGUUCUUCCAGCUGGCCAACGAUCCCGGGAGCCCUACCCAGCUUGGACCUCCGACGCCCAGAUUCCCCUUUCCAAGGAGGAGGUCGAGGACAUUUUCCUCGAUUUGACCGCAAAGUUUGGUUUCCAGCGCGAUAGCAUGCGCAAUAUGUACGACCACUUCAUGACGCUUCUUGACUCGCGAGCGUCCCGCAUGACGCCUAACCAGGCACUGCUUUCUCUUCAUGCCGAUUACAUUGGGGGAGACAACGCAAAUUACCGGAAGUGGUACUUUGCUGCCCAUCUCGAUCUCGACGAUGCUGUCGGGUUCGCCAAUGUCAAGGGCAAAGGGCUGAAACGGACCCGCAAGAACAAGAAGAAGGCCGCCGCCGCGAACGAGGCAGCAGCUCUUGAGGACCUCGAGGGUGACGACUCGCUGGAAGCUGCCGAGUUCCGCUGGAAGACGCGAAUGAACCGCAUGUCGCAGCAUGACCGCGUGCGACAGAUUGCUCUUUAUCUUCUUUGCUGGGGCGAGGCCAACCAGGUCCGCUUUAUGCCUGAGUGUCUCUGCUUCAUUUUUAAGUGUGCAGACGAUUUCCUAAACUCACCUGCCUGCCAAAGCAUGGUCGAGCCAGUUGAAGAGUUCACCUUCCUCAACAAUGUCAUUACGCCCCUGUACCAGUACUGCCGGGACCAAGGAUACGAAAUCCUUAAUGGGGUUUAUGUCCGCCGGGAGAGGGACCACAACAAAGUCAUUGGCUAUGAUGACUGCAACCAGCUCUUUUGGUAUCCCGAGGGCAUUGAACGAAUCGUUCUUUCGGACAAGAGCAAGUUGGUGGACGUCCCCCCAGCAGAACGCUAUCUCAAACUCAAGGACGUGAACUGGAAGAAAGUCUUCUUCAAGACGUACAAGGAGACGCGCUCUUGGUUCCACCUGCUCGUCAAUUUCAAUCGCAUUUGGGUCAUACAUAUUACCAUGUUCUGGUUCUACACUGCGUUCAACGCUCCCACCCUCAUCACCCCGAACUACCAACUGCAACUCAACCAAUCUCCACCCGCGGCGGCUCCGUGGUCUCUUGUGGGUUUUGGAGGAGCAAUCGCGGCUCUAAUCCAGAUUCUGGCAACAAUAGCAGAGUGGGCGUAUGUGCCUCGCAGGUGGGCCGGUGCCCAGCAUCUCACCAAGAAACUCUUGUUCCUCAUUGUGAUCUUCGCCAUCAACCUCGGACCCGGCGUCUACGUCUUCAUGCCAGCCAAGAACGAGCAGGCCCUCAUUGACAAGCAAAAUUCCACGCCUGCAAAGGUCCUCGGUAUUGUGCAGUUCUUCAUCGCGUUGGCCACGUUCCUCUUCUUCUCGAUCAUGCCUCUCGGCGGUCUUUUUGGAAGUUACCUUACGAAGAACUCGCGGAGAUACGUUGCCAGUCAGACAUUCACAGCUAGCUACCCACGCCUUUCUGGAAAUGACAUGGCCAUGUCUUUCGGCCUCUGGGCAGCUGUCUUCGGACUCAAGUUCGGAGUGUCGUAUCUCUACCUAACUUUGUCUCUCCGCGACCCGAUUCGGUACCUUGCCCAGAUGAACACGGACAGUUGUCUUGGAGACACAAUUUUAAUGAGGUAUCUCUGCCCAUAUCAGGCGAAAAUCACUUUGGGCCUCAUUCUCUUCACCGCUUUGAUCUUCUUUUUCCUCGAUACCUACCUGUGGUAUGUCCUUACCAACGCCGUCUUUUCGAUCGCCCGAUCGUUUUACCUCGGUUCGUCGAUUUGGACUCCGUGGAGAAACGUCUUUUCUCGGCUCCCGAAGCGCAUCUACUCCAAAGUAUUGGCAACCACCGACAUGGAGAUCAAGUACAAACCCAAAGUUCUCAUCUCACAGAUCUGGAACGCCAUUGUCAUUUCGAUGUACCGAGAGCACCUUUUGGCCAUUGACCACGUCCAAAAGCUCCUGUAUCAUCAGGUUCCAUCGGAGCAAGAGGGCAAGCGCACUCUGCGCGCGCCUACGUUCUUCGUAUCGCAAGAGGAUCAUUCGUUCAAGACGGAGUUCUUUCCCACCCAAAGCGAGGCUGAGCGGAGAAUAUCGUUUUUCGCCCAGUCUCUCUCAACGCCGAUUCCAGAGCCUCUUCCCGUGGACAACAUGCCGACCUUCACGGUUCUGAUUCCCCAUUACAGCGAAAAGAUCCUACUCUCGCUGAGGGAAAUCAUUCGCGAGGAUGAGCCAUAUUCCCGUGUUACUCUUCUUGAAUAUCUCAAGCAGCUCCAUCCUCAUGAAUGGGACUGCUUCGUCAAGGACACGAAAAUUCUGGCAGAUGAAACAUCUCAGUUCAACGGCGAGCUCGAGAAGAACGAGAAAGACACCGCCAAGAGCAAGAUUGACGACUUGCCAUUCUACUGCAUCGGCUUCAAGUCAUCGGCGCCAGAGUACACUCUCAGGACACGAAUUUGGGCCUCUCUUCGUUUCCAGACCCUGUAUCGUACAGUCUCUGGCUUCAUGAACUACAGCCGUGCAAUCAAGCUUCUCUACCGCGUCGAGAAUCCGGAGGUUGUCCAGAUGUUUGGUGGCAACUCUGACAAGCUGGAGCGUGAGCUGGAACGCAUGGCUCGCCGCAAAUUCAAGCUCGUCGUGUCGAUGCAGCGCUAUGCCAAGUUCAAGAAGGAAGAAAUGGAAAACGCCGAGUUCUUGCUUCGUGCCUACCCAGACCUGCAGAUUGCUUAUCUCGACGAGGAAGCGCCCGCGGUUGAGGGCGAGGAGCCGCGUCUCUAUUCUGCUCUCAUCGACGGACAUUCUGAAAUCAUGGAGAACGGUAUGCGACGGCCCAAGUUCCGCAUUCAGCUUUCCGGAAACCCAAUUCUUGGCGACGGCAAAUCGGACAACCAGAACCACUCCCUGAUCUUCUACCGCGGCGAAUACAUUCAGCUCAUUGAUGCCAAUCAAGAUAAUUAUCUGGAAGAGUGCCUCAAGAUUCGCAGCGUUCUCGCCGAGUUUGAGGAGAUGAAGGUGGACGAUGUUUCGCCAUAUACUCCGGGAUUCAAGAACACCGUUCGUUCUCCGGUUGCUAUCCUGGGUGCUCGCGAAUACAUUUUCUCUGAGAAUAUCGGCAUCCUUGGUGACGUUGCAGCUGGCAAGGAACAAACAUUCGGCACUCUCUUCGCAAGAACCUUGGCUCAGAUCGGUGGUAAACUUCAUUACGGCCAUCCUGAUUUCCUGAACGGCAUUUUCAUGACAACCCGCGGCGGUGUUUCCAAGGCCCAGAAGGGCUUGCAUCUCAACGAGGAUAUUUAUGCUGGUAUGAACGCUCUUUUGCGUGGCGGCCGUAUCAAGCACUGCGAAUACUACCAAUGUGGUAAAGGUCGUGAUCUUGGCUUUGGCUCCAUUCUGAACUUUACAACCAAGAUUGGAACUGGUAUGGGCGAGCAGAUGCUGUCUAGAGAGUACUAUUACCUUGGGACUCAGCUGCCCCUGGAUCGCUUCCUCUCGUUUUACUACGCCCAUCCCGGUUUCCACAUCAACAACAUGUUCAUCAUGCUUUCGGUUCAGCUGUUCAUGAUCUGCCUGCUCAACAUCGGCGCUCUGCGGAGGGAGACGAUUCCCUGCGACUACAACCGAGAAAAGCCCAUUACGGAUCCCCUAUACCCUACCGGUUGCCAGAACACUGACGCGCUCACGGAUUGGAUCUACCGCAGUAUUCUUUCCAUCUUCUUCGUCUUCUUCCUCUCUUUCGUUCCCCUGAUUGUGCAGGAGUUGACCGAGCGGGGCUUCUUGCGUGCCGCAACUCGUUUCGCGAAGCAGCUUGGCUCCUUUUCGCCAUUCUUCGAGGUGUUCGUCUGCCAAAUCUACGCCAACUCGGUGCAGCAGGAUCUUGCUUUCGGUGGCGCGCGGUAUAUAGGCACUGGUCGUGGUUUUGCCACUGCCCGUAUCCCCUUUGGCGUGCUCUACUCCCGCUUUGCCGGCCCGUCGAUUUACUUCGGAGCUCGCAUGCUCAUGAUGUUACUCUUUGCGACAAUCACGCUUUGGCAGGCCGCUAUUAUCUAUUUCUGGAUCUCGCUCCUCGCUUUGAUUGUCUCACCGUUCCUGUACAACCCCCAUCAAUUCGCCUGGAACGACUUCUUUAUCGACUACCGGGACUUCCUUCGAUGGUUGUCUCGUGGCAAUUCACGCUCCCAUGCGUCGUCUUGGAUCGCUUUCUGCCGACUGUCUCGAACAAGGAUCACAGGUUACAAGCGCAAGGCUCUCGGAGACCCAUCGAGCAAGAUGUCCGCUGACGCUCCUCGUGGAGCUCUCACCAACAUCUUCUGGUCGGAAAUCCUCGCGCCUCUUCUUCUCGUCGUUGUGACCUUGAUCCCUUAUUUGUUCAUUAACGCCCAGACAGGCGUCUCGCGCCAUGAUCCCAAGGCAAAGGCUACUGCCUCAUUGAUCCGAGUGGCCAUUGUUGCGUUUGCACCCAUCGCCAUCAAUGCAGGCGUUCUAGCGGGCCUAUUUGGCAUGGCUUGCUGUAUGGGCCCGCUUCUGAGCAUGUGCUGCAAGAAGUUUGGCAGUGUCCUAGCAGCCAUUGCUCACGGAGUCGCGGUUGUUGUUCUCUUGGUCUUCUUCGAGGUCAUGUUCUUCCUGGAAGGGUUUGACUUUGUCAAGGCGCUUCUGGGUAUGAUUGUGGUCGUCGCCCUCCAGCGAUUCUUCUUCAAGAUCAUUGUUUCUCUGGCUCUUACGAGAGAGUUCAAGACGGACCAGUCCAAUAUUGCCUUCUGGACUGGAAAGUGGUAUUCUAUGGGUUGGCACUCCGUCUCUCAGCCUGCCCGAGAGUAUCUUUGCAAGAUCACUGAGCUGGGCAUGUUCGCGGCCGACUUCGUGCUUGGACAUAUCAUUCUGUUCCUCAUGCUUCCUGUCAUCUUGAUUCCUAAGGUGGACAGAUUGCACUCCAUGAUGCUCUUCUGGCUCCGUCCCAGCCGACAAAUUCGCCCCCCCAUCUAUUCGAUGAAGCAAUCCAAGCUCCGGAGAAGACGUGUCUUCCGCUUUGCUGUUCUUUACUUCGUCAUGCUCUUCGUCUUCGUUGGCAUGAUUGUUGGGCCCAUCGUCGGUGCUAAACCGAUUCUUGACGCCUUGAAGAAGUCGAUUCCCGAUGGUUUGCUCCAGCCGACCAACCAAACGAAUGACAACACCAACGGCACUACACCGACGGGCAGUUUCCUAAGCGUCACUCCUGUUGGAGUUGCAGCACAAACAGGGAUAGACUCCCCAACGCAGUCCUCCCAGGCGUAG